UUGAAAAGCAACUAACCUGAUUCUAACUUAAUCCUAUCUCUUCGGGGACAAUUCCCACAUGCUUGUCUGUCCAGCCUCGGUCCCAGCGGAGAGAUAAUAUGCGGAGAUCCCAAUCUCUGAAUAGCAAGUAUAGUACGUACUAGCUUACGGAGUACGGAGUACGGAGUAUUAACUACUCUGUAGUGAGUUAGGUACAAUGUACUACUGGGAAAAAAAAAAAGCACAUGAAUAAACAGAAAAUCAGCCUAGAGGGGAGGAAAGAGGCUGAGGACUCCAGGAGGGAGCUACUUUUAAACCCCACCCACCCGUGCUGUUCUACUUCUCUAUCUUCACCUCUCUCUCUCUCUCUCUCUCUCUCUCUGCAUUUCCUCUGUCUCCAAACCCUCUGUCAACAUGACCACUCCUACAGAUAUCACCUUGGCCAACUACAAUGGCAGCUGGGUCAUGGAUCGAACCCUUUCCGAUCCUACCGAUCCCGUUCUCGCCAUGCAAGGCCUCAGCUGGUUCAUGCGCACCACCUUGGCAUGGGUAACCGUCACCCUGAACACAAAACAAUACGCCAGCGAAGAGGCAGCGGCAGCAGCAGCAGCAGCAGCAGGAGACAACCCCGUCCAGCACAUCGACGUGGAGAACAUAGUCACGGGCGGAAUCCAAGGAAGCACCGAGCGCCGGAUCACGGACUGGAAGAAGCGCCAGCACACCGACAACAUCUUCGGUCGGGUCGAGGGGCAAACGCGGCUCCUGCGCGGCGUCAAGGGUGCAGAUGGCAGGGUGCGCCCCGUUGUCUCUUUGUGUACGAAGCUGGACGAGGCCAAGAUUGCGCGGUUCCUGCGUGGCGAGGUUCUCGCGGAUGGGUCGGGGGAGGCGGAGGGGUUCCUGGUUGAUGACGGGGUUGGUGGGGAGUAUGGAGAGGGGGAAGGCUUGUGGUUGCAGAGUUAUGUGGAGAGUUUGGAUUCGUCUUGGACUGCGGAGCAGAUUUGGGGCUUUGAGAUGAUCAAUGGCGUGCGCUACCAUACUCGUCGCGUGGUUAUUGCAAAUAAAGGCGAUUUUGUCCUAGCCCGGCUGGUUUAUAGCUGGGUUCCUCCCGAGGAUGAUUCUGCUCUGGCAGAGUAUUGAUGAUCAAUGUUCAACUACUCUCGCUGCGGUCAUCCGAACUGCUUCUUUCUUUCGAUUGUGAUAGCGUGGAUCAAGACAGACAGACAGACCUAGUAUAUAAAUUAUCAACCCCUUAUAAAGUACAUCGAAAACUCGACGAGUUGUCCACAGAAAAAGUUCAUGUAAGGAUAACAACGGCAUAAUCGAAAGCAAUAAUGGUAUGUCAAGCUCGCCUAGAUCUCAAUAAUGCAAAAGUAAGUAUAAAAGAAAUAAACAAUUUGAUCAUCCGUCAUAAAUAACCUCCAACCAAUGAUAAGGAAAAUCUCCCAACAUUGGGGUUUCCCCUUUUAAGAAUGAGUUGGCAUAACAACACUAGCCUUGGUGCUGACUGCAUCCUCACCACGCCACAAGCUAGUCACGGUCUUCUGCUGGGUGUAGAACUGAAGCCCAGGCUUGCCGUAGAAAGU